AGAGAGCAGGGCUGGAUGCUGCUGGACCUCAGCGAAGAGUACAAGCGCAUGGGCCUCCCUGACGACCACUGGCAGCUCAGCGAUGUGAACAGAGACUACAGAGUUUGUGACUCCUACCCGACCGAGCUGUACGUCCCCAAAUCGGCCACCGCACACAUCAUCGUGGGGAGUUCCAAAUUCCGGAGCAGACGGCGGUUUCCUGCCCUGUCUUACUACAGUAAAGAUAACCACGCCUCCAUCUGCCGGAGCAGCCAGCCCCUGUCCGGCUUCAGCGCCCGGUGCCUGGAAGACGAGCAGAUGCUCCAGGCCAUCAGGAAAGCCAACCCGGGGAGCGACUUCAUUUACGUGGUGGACACGCGGCCUAAACUUAACGCCAUGGCGAACCGUGCUGCCGGGAAAGGCUACGAGAAUGAAGACAAUUAUUCCAACAUCAAGUUCCAGUUCAUCGGGAUAGAGAACAUCCACGUCAUGAGGAACAGUCUGCAGAAGAUGCUGGAAGUGUGUGAGCUGAAAUCUCCCUCCAUGAGCGACUUUCUGUGGGGCCUGGAGAACUCUGGCUGGUUAAGGCACAUUAAGGCCAUCAUGGAUGCAGGAACUUUCAUUGCCAAGGCAGUUGCAGAGGAAGGGGCGAGCGUGCUUGUGCACUGCUCGGACGGCUGGGACAGGACGGCGCAGGUGUGCUCCGUGGCCAGCCUCCUGCUGGACCCGCACUACCGGACCCUCAAGGGCUUCAUGGUAUUAAUUGAAAAGGACUGGAUCUCCUUUGGCCAUAAGUUUAAUCACAGAUAUGGCAAUCUAGACGGUGAUCCAAAAGAAAUCUCUCCAGUUAUUGACCAGUUCAUCGAGUGUGUCUGGCAGUUAAUGGAACAAUUUCCCUGUGCAUUUGAGUUUAAUGAGCGGUUUCUGAUUCACAUUCAACAUCACAUAUAUUCCUGCCAGUUCGGAAACUUCCUAUGUAACAGUCAGAAGGAGAGACGAGAACUCAAAAUUCAAGAAAGAACAUACUCUUUAUGGGCUCACCUGUGGAAGAAUCGGGCUGACUACAUGAAUCCUCUCUUUAGAGCUGAUCACAGUCAGACCCAGGGAAUCCUUCGUCUCCCCACAACGCCAUGCAACUUCAUGUACAAGUUCUGGAGUGGCAUGUACAACCGAUUUGAGAAGGGGCUGCAGCCCCGACAGUCGGUCACCGACUACCUCAUGGCGGUGAAGGAGGAAACGCAGCAGCUGGAGGAAGAGCUGGAGGCCCUAGAAGAGAGGCUGGAGAAAAUCCAAAAAGUCCAGUUAAAUUGCUCCAAAGUGAAGAGCAAGCCAAGUGAGCCCAGCAAACCCUCGGGGUUUUCCACCUCGGACAACAGCGCAGCCAACACUCCCCAGGACUACAGUGGGAACAUGAAGUCAUUCCCGUCCAGGAGCCCCUCCCAAGGCGACGAAGACUCCGCUCUGAUCCUAACCCAGGACAACUUGAAAAGCUCAGAUCCAGACCUGUCCGCCAACAGCGAUCAGGAGUCCGGAGUGGAGGAUCUAAGCUGCCGCUCUCCCAGCGGAGGGGAGUGUGCGCCUAGCGAGGACAGCACCAAGGAUCGGGACUCUGACGAAGCCGUGUUUCUAAUGGCCUGAAGCUUCCCUCUGGAGUUCCAACACAAAGGACAUGCAAGAAACACCUUCCAAAAUAAGGGAACAGUGCAAUUUAAGAUAAAAAAUAACUCAAGAAAUGGUACGUGUAAUCGAUAAUUAUAAAAUAUAGCAAUGAAGGGGUGGGGGAAGUCCAACUCUUAGUUUCCUUAGCUGUUGAAGAACAGGAAGUAGACAUUUCUUUUGUGUCAA